AUGCAGGAACAAUUUGAGCCACUGAAGAACGACCUGCUCCUGAGGGCCGCACGAGGCGAGAAGGUGGAGCGUCCUCCGAUAUGGGUUAUGCGACAGGUCCUGCCUUUGAAAUUACUAGGUCCCGCUGACUUUGAUUGUCGUCUGUUUGUCUUAGCUGGUCGCUACCUCCCCGAGUACCACGAAGCCAAGGGUGGCCGGGACUUCUUCGAGUGCUGUCGUUCGCCGGAGAUCGCCUCUACCUUGACCCUCCAGCCCAUUGAACGCUAUGAGGGUCUGAUCGAUGCCGCCAUCAUUUUCUCUGAUAUCCUAGUUAUCCCGCAGGCCAUGGGCAUGACGGUCGAAAUGCUGGAUAAGAAGGGUCCGCACUUCCCGGAGCCGUUGCAGUCGCCGACAGACGGACAGUACGCCAAGGUGAUGGAAAAGAAAGUAGACGUCAAGGCUGAGCUCGACUACGUCUACAAGGCGAUCUCACUCACUCGAUACAAGCUGAAGGGCCGUGUACCCCUCAUUGGCUUCUGUGGUGCGCCAUGGACACUGCUAUGCUAUAUGGUCGAGGGUGGUGGCAGCAAAAUGUUUGUGCAGACCAAGACCUGGAUCUAUAAGUACCCGACCGAAUCGCAGGCGCUGUUGCAGAAGAUUGCCGAGGUCUGUGUGGAGUACCUCGCACUUCAGGUUGCGGCUGGCGCGCAGCUGGUACAGGUGUUCGACUCAUGGGCUGGUGAGCUGUCGCCAGCAUCGUUCGCCUCAUUCUCUCUACCAUACCUGCGCCACAUCUCUGCCAAUCUGCCCAAGCGGUUGCAGGAGAUGGGCCUGGAGCCUGUUCCUAUGACCGUCUUCGCUAAGGGUGCUUGGUACGCCCUGGAGGAUCUCUGCGAGUCGGGCUACAAUGUCGUUGGUCUGGACUGGCUCCACGACCCUGCUGAAGCUUUCCGCGUUGCCAAUGGGCGAGUCACUAUCCAAGGCAAUGCCGAUCCCGGCAUGCUCUACGGUGACCGUCCCGCUAUUACCGCCGUUGUUGAGCGGAUGGUGGAGGGAUUCCAGAAGGGCAAGCAGGGCUGGAUUUGCAAUCUGGGACAUGGUGUCACCCCAUUUGUGGACCCGGAACAUCUCAAGUUCUUCUUUGAGGAGGUUCACCGUCUCACAAAAUAG